AAAAUAAUAUUUAAAGAGGAACUGCACUUGGCGUUUCUCAAUAGAAUCUAAUUUAAUAACGCCACGAGGUAGGCAAUGAGAAACUGACAUACAGUUUCUCAGAUUUGAAUUUAAAUGAGAUCCAACGUUCGCUAGAGAUACACUACAGCUUGUCGAUCAUCUUGGUGGCCGAGUGGCAUAAACUCUGCCUUGAGGUGGGGUCAUCAACCGGAUUCGGGGAGUUCAACCUGCUAAGAUCUUCCGAGGGGAAUUCGCAAACUCGCGGUUUCAGGGAAGACGAACUAGCUGUUCGGGGUGAAACGGGCGAGGGGUUUCCGAACGAUUGUCCUACGCCGAAGGUAUGAGAUGGAUUGAAAUUUGAGUUAAAUCGCUCAAUUUCUCUUCGCGAGGAGUUAAGCGAUUUCCGGGCUCAGGCUUUCUCCACACCGCGGCGUUCUGACUUGAAACCCCAGCGGCUCACUUUAUCCAGUUCCGCGAAGGAGGCUACAGGUGUCCUUUUUCUCUAGUGCGCGUCGUGAUCUUUCUAGUUAGUUUAGCUAGAAGCUUAGGGCCGUUUUCGUGUGGCGGCAGUAGUGUGCUCGUGUUGGAAAACCAGGUGUUUCGGUAAGGUAUUGUGCUACCCCCAUGUGCCAGUGCUCAGUGCGUUCUUUCCCCAAGUGUAGGCCACGCUACAGGCCCCAAUCCACUCGCCGUCACGCGGCAAAACGCCCCUGGAUCGACCCAGGACAUCACCAGCCCAGGUUCGGCAUCGCUACGCCGGACGAACCGCGUACGUCACCACACGUGGUUCCGGAACUGACCGGCUUCCGCCGGAGAAGGACGACAGCAACCGUCAACCGUCUGCGUCCACCGCAUCGGCCACGCGCAACAGCAACCGAGCACGUGCGUCAGUAUCAGCGCGACCUCGCUGAGGUCCGAGCAGCGGCCCGCCUUCGAGUGGCGGCCACGAUAGGUUCGGCGUGAAACCACGUUGAGCAGCACCAACAUCAACAGCAGCAGGGAGUAGUCGUUUCAGCAUUCGCUGGCGGCGUUCGAGAUCCGGUAGGUGAAACCACCGCGACCAGAGCAGCAGGAGAGCACCAGGUAACAUCCGCAGCAGCAAACCGUCGAGUUCGGCGGCCACGUGAUCAACGCACUCAAAAGGGACGUGAGUAGAACGCAUGUUUGAUUAAAGUGAUAAGUCCAUGGCCCACUUGCCCGCAACCUAAAGCCCCCAGGUGCGAGGCCGAUUACACGUCCUUUGACGUGCCCAAAAACCGUCCCGUCUGAGCACCCCUUGACUUAAACGCACACACCAACAUAGAGCGCAAAACAUAAGCACAAAGUAGAAACCCGAAACACACGACAGAUACCAGGCUAACAGGGAAAGGAAGAGGGGAGGACCGCCGGCAAAAACCGAAAAUGUGCACAAAACAAUGAAUGAACGUUCAAACACCAACACAAAUGUACCACACACUUCUGUAAAAUAAACACUCAACACCAACACCAAUGUCGACAUUAGUCUAGACACCAACCAAACUCUAGCUACGGACUGAUCCUUAGGAUGGUCCAAAAAUAAACUCAUGAUUAGUUCGCGAUCGUAAAUAAAUG